UAACGCGAAAGCGGGAAACAUGGCUGUCGAACUGGGUGAAAAAAACCAGAAAGACGAUGAAGUUGAUAUUUUAACAAAGAUCACAGAUUAUGUGGACAAACAGUUACGACUUUUCAGGAAUGUUUCCUGGGUUCUGGCUGGAGCUGGAAUUAUACUAAUAGUGAGAAGAACAUAUGUGUUUAGGCAUUUUAAAGUUGUCUCUGACAUCCCCAAAGAAUUUGUAGCCAAGAACAUCACCUUUCGUGGCCAUGUUUGUGAGGUGAGAUUUGACAACACUCUUGGCGUUUAUCACAUUCCUUUGAUCAGAAGACUUAAAUAUUCAUCUGAUACAGAGGUCUCAAAACAAUCCAGUCUUCUUGCCAUCAGUCUUGUAGGAGUGGAAUUCAGGGAAGGUGGGCACGAGUGGCUUUCAGGCCAUCUGAUGUCUACUGAUGUUAAGAUAACUCCUUUCCAAGUCACCAAAAAGCAUACAUUGGACUGCAUGGUGUACAAGAAAAAGAACUGGUUUUCAUCUAUAUGUGUAAAUCAAGAAUUAUUGCGUCAAGGUGUAGCAGUCACAUGUCAUGUUCCCACACUUGUCAACAGUCCAGUCUUUCAAAAACUUCAAAGACAACUCUUGAAGGCAGAAUUAUUUGCUGAAAAGAAAGGUGUUGGUGUUUGGAAGAGACCAUCAAGAGUAGAAGCACUUCAGAAAAAAAUGUCUGCUCCAAUCUCCUUGAUAAAGAGGGGACUUGAUGCUUUUAAAUACCUUAGAAGUCUGUUUUCAAGGGAAGCGACAAACCAUAAAGAGAAGUAGUUUUCAAAAAAAGUUUUCUAAAGAAUUUCUAAAAAAUUAUCUCCCAGUAUGGUUGAGAUUAUGAAAAUGAAUUGCAAUCCAUUGAUGAUACUGACAUCAUCAAGGAGUAUAAUUUUAUGCCAUUUUCACCUACUGGUAUUUGCUGAUCUUGCAUGUUUUUCCAAGUUGCAAAGCAUGGGAUGGCAGUAGAAUAUUUAAUCAUAAUUAAUUUUGUUUGUCACAUCAACAUGGAUGCUUCUACUUGUCCCUUAAAAAGGACACAGAGAAUAAACUAGGUUAAGCUCUUCCUCAGUCGUGUACUGAUUCCUUAAAGAGAAAUUUUACCUACAGUAGAACAAACUAGCCCUAGUUUUACAGCAAGGGAUUUUUUAACAUGAUUUUAAGGCAAAAUUGAGUUGCCAAAGUUUUAAGACGGCAUAUUAUUUGAACGCAGCCUGUGGAAAAGAAGCAUUGGUUGUUUUAAAUUUUAUUGUAGUUAUGAGAAAAGGGAUGCAGUGGCCUUAUGGUCAAUAUGCAGGACUCUCGGUCAAGAGGUCUGGGUCUGAGACCUGGCUUGGGUCACUGUGUUGCAUUCACAGUACCUUUCUCGACCCAGGAGUACAAAUGGGUACGAGCGGAUUGUCAAGAAGGCCUGAUUAAAUUCUUGGGAGUAACCCUGCAAUGGAGUGGCAUACCAUCCAGAGUGGAGCAGUAAUACUCAUAGUCAGUUCAUGCCACAUGCUCUGGCUGGUUCAACCAAUAGCCUUCGGUACAGACUAUAAUAGAAGUAAGGGGGGGUGGUGGUGGUAGUCUGUGGAUUAUGAUUCUAUAGGGCUGAUGGAAAUAAUGUGUUAAUAAUAAAAGUUCUCUUGCUAAA